AUAUAUGUGAUAAAGAUACUUUAACUCUUAAUGAUGAAUUAGAAAUUAAUGAAGAAAUACUUAAUGAUAAAGAAGAGAUUAAUGUUAAAAAAGUUGAAAGUGAAAGUUCAGAUGAUGAUGAUGAAAUUUUACCAGAAGAUUCAAAGGCAAAUGGAAAUUAG